AUGCACAUCCGGAAUAUAUAUAUGACUCAACAGGUAAUAGUACAUAGACAACUAACAACUACAACAAGCACCUUCAGUGAAGUUACUAUGAAGAUGCGCUUUGUGCCGUCAAGAGCUUUAAACCAAGACAUGCUCGAGCUUGCAGCGAAUCGGCGUGAAACAAGUCGCCUCGCAUGCCAAAUCAUGCUGCACCAGUUCAAGUUUGAAAAUGGAUUAUGGUGAUGACAUUCUCCCCUCUCCUCUUCCCUUUUCUUGCCGUUUUGCUUACCCCGAGAAUGGGUAAACUACUACGACUACUACUACUACUACUACUACUGCUGCUACUACUACUACUACUCCUACCCCUACUACGAAGGCACGAAUUGAAGGCGUUCGGCCACUCCUAAAACACGAAUUGAAGGCGUUCAACUACUACUAGAACACGAAUUGAAGGCGUUCACUUCAGUUGCGAACUUCUUGAUUUUUCUAACCAAACAAAGGACCACACCUGCUAAAAACCCUGGUGGCAGCACCGAAUCGUCCGCGUACGGCACGAGGAGUAAAGGGAAAAAUACUUAAGGACUACCACUACAGCAAACCGGGCACCUUCUUCUAGAUUUUUGUGCACGCAUCUGGUCAGAAGUCGACGAUGAUCAGUACAGGUCUCAAGUACUGGAGCAUCAUAAGGGCGUUUAUUCAAAGCAGGUAGGAUAGUACUUUAGAUAAUGACACGAAUUACUGGGUCAGGAUACAACUCUAGAUCAUAACUCUCUAAAGUCCGAUCACCAUCACGCUUCCUUCGAAGGUGAACAACUUGAUGGAUUUUAUACCUUUCGAGGAUCCAAAGUGAUCUGCUUUACUCCUCCACAGCAGCACGAAACGAAAUGGCUCUUGUUGGACCUCAUGAUGGCUCUUGUUGGACUUCAUGAUGGCUCUUGUUGGACUUCAUCAUGGCUCUUGGACACUUCAUGAUGGUUCUUGGACACUUCAUGAUGGUUCUUGGUGGACUAGAAAUUAAGAGUUGUACUUGUAGACAUUGACUGGUGUUGUGUCUAGCAUGUUGAAAAGGUAAAGAGGA